AUGGGAUUACAAAUCCUGAUCGUAGUGUUGUCUUUUGCGGCUCUAACUGUGAUUAUUAUAUUCAACAAGGCAUCCUACCGAAAACGUCACAGCUCCCAAAUGCAUCUUACAAAUCGUUACCAAUUGAACGAGAAUAUCCGAGUUGGAAGUUAUUUGAUGCCGAUUGCCAUCAAUGAAGUACUUGUUAAG